AUGCCUACAAUCCAGGUGGGAGAAGGCUCUAGCCGGGAACUGCAAGAGAUUGCAAAUAUCUUGGGGAAAUCCAGGAAAGUUGUUGUUGUAACGGGAGCUGGAAUCAGUACAAACUGUGGGAUACCUGACUUUCGGUCAGAACAUGGCCUAUACUCCUUGAUUCAAGCUCAGUACGAUGCAGCUGUGCAGAAUCCGCCUUGGGAACAGGAGAACACUUUCGACAUUGACGAUAGACCAAAGAAAAAGAGGAAGCAGUGGUACUACGAAGUUGUGGCUCCUGAUGGGAAAGUUGUCGAUGUCAUUGACGAGGAUAUCCAACUGUCAAUGCCACAACAAACCGAACCUGCGCAAGAACCACGCCGCUCCUCAAGAUCUCGAUCUACAAACACAACUACAUCAAACUCACGUGCUAGCACACCAAUAGUCAAGUCUUCUGAUGAUAGCUCUCUCUCUAGCUGCUCUUCCACAACACCGGAGCUUCCGAGUGGCUUCGCUCUUGCUGGCAAUCACAAAAUAACGGCGGAUGAAGAGACCUCUCUCAAAAGACUUUCACAGAUCCGCAAAGCAAAAGAUACCAAGAGCCGCUCGGUAACGCCAGAUUCUACGGUACCAAACCGGAAGGGCUCACGAAAAUCGCUCCAGUCAACUGAAUCAACGUCUUCAACCGCUUCCACAUCUACCUCAACUUCAACUUCAACUUCUAGCAGCAGGCGUCAGUCGCGCUCGAAUUCCCUCACCCGCCAAUCAACAAACACCCUUGCUUGUAGGACCCCAAUUGACCCAACAGCUGAGCGCUUGAGCUUUAUCAACGACGGCCCUCCACUUACUCGCACUCGAAUCCUCCAGAGAGAAGAGUCAAGUUUCUUGUCAAAAUCCGACGACGACGACGACCCUUCGAUCUUUCCUGCUUCCCAGUCAUCAUCACGAACGAGUCUCCCCAACCUGAAGGGUCGAGAUCUCUUCGACUCUAUGAUAUGGUCUGACCCGUUCACGACCUCGAUCUUUUACAUGUUCAUCUCGAGUCUACGUCAAAAGAUUCAGGAUGUCGAGUCUACAACCGCAACACACCAAUUUAUCCGGACGCUCCGCGAUGGUGGACGCCUUGUCAGGAAUUACACGCAGAACAUUGACUGCCUGGAAGAGCGUGAGGGGCUUUGCACGGACCUUACGAAAGGGCCUGGCAAUAGGUCGCGCUUCAACUAUAGAUCCCAGCGCGAACCCCGACCCGAGAAUAUCACUGGAGACCACAAUCUCUUUGGAGGAGUCGAAGUCGUUCCUCUCCAUGGAACGCUCAUUUGGCUACGAUGCGGAAUCUGCAGUAAAUUAUCCAGCUGGGAUGACGAGGAAAGAGUCGCUGCGACGCUUGCCGGAACCGCCCCUGAUUGUCCUGCCUGUACCGAAUACAAUGCCCACCGUACCGGAAAGGGACGACGAGGACUCGCCGUUGGCCGUUUAAGGCCUGAUAUUGUUCUCUAUGGAGAGGAACAUCCCAGCGCCAAUAUGAUCUCUCCUCUCAUUACACAUGAUCUCGGGCUGGGUCCUGAUGUGUUGCUUAUUAUGGGUACGAGUCUUAAGGUGCAUGGAUUGAAGAUUAUGGUGAAAGAGUUCGCGAAGGCGGUACAUACGAAAGGAGGGAAGGUGAUAUUCGUGAACAGAACGAAGCCGCCAGAGAGUACAUGGGGAGAUGUGCUUGAUUAUUGGGUGGAAUGGGAUUGUGAUGAAUGGGUACUAGAUUUAAGAGAGAGAAGAGCAGAUAUUUGGUUGCCACAAGGGACAAUCAAGGAAGACGAAAAACGGAGGGAGUCCUUAGGUGAAUCCAAGGCACCACCCAAAAAGCAGUCAGCACGGCCACAGGCCACGAGAGACGACAAGAUGAAUGCAGUAUUUGUCACGUUCAAGAUCCUCGAUCUACUAGCCAAAGCCACAGACUCCAAAGGCAAACCAGCAACUCGAUUUCCAUACUGGCAAACCACAGCCCGAAUCUCAAACGCUUCGGCUAUUCAGAUCGAGCAGCCCAAGAAGGCGAAAACAAAGCCCUCCAAGAGAACCUCGAAGUCACUACAAGCACCCAAGUCAGCGCCACCGAAGCAAAAUACAUCUUCAAAGUUAAAAUCGAGCAAGCGCAAGUCCAAUCCGGAAUGCUUGAAGGAUGACACAAACAAUGUUGCUUAUCAAGUCACGAAGAUGUGGGAGAAUCUUCGCAAAAUUGCCCCUGGACUCGGUCAGCCACCUAAAGAGAUACAAUAUCCUUUCCUCGACCUCAACAACCGACCCGACUACCUCACACCCUUCGCCUUUGACUCAGAUUCGAACCACCUACCAAAUGUUGGAGGUGGUACCAGCGCAGGCUGGCCACUCAAGCAUAUGAAUCUUGUUACCCAUCCUCCCUCGGGCCCGCCAAUUCCAGUCCAUUCGGCUGAUGCUCGGACGAGAGCUGUGAGCCACAGCUACGGGACGAGAGCAUCUCGGCGGUUCUCCACCGCUGAGACGGUUGUGAUGGACAAGGGCAGCGGGAGUGUGCGGGUCUCACUUUCGUCACAAACCUCUGACACGAUUGUGGUUGCGACAACGGAGGAGGAAGAAGGGGAGAAGGGAGAUGCCAGUCUUCCUUUGAACCUUCCGACUCCUCCGGAGUCAAAUGAUCCAAUGACACCAUGCACAGAACGGAUAAAAAGGAUGGGGAGCAUUGGGGCGAUUUUGUCGAGUGAUGAUGGGAGUGAGGAGUGGCAUGAUGCGUCGGAAGUCUUAUGA